AUGACUGCUAACAUCAUGUGGCCCAUGGAGAGGACAGGUAUGUGCACCCAAGUGCAGCCACCCAAAAGGGGUACCCUGCAAGUCCUUCAUGGUGAUGGCACCUCUGUGUGGACUGUAAUUGUAUUCCACUGCCCCUCAGGACACCAGAUGGUGGGGUCCAGCCUCCUCACCUAUACUUGGAAGGGGAGUAUCGCUGAGUGAUCCUCAGGGGCCCCUGUGUGCAAGUCUGUGACAGAUCAUGAGACCUUCGGAUUCAGGGUGGCUGUGAUCGCCUCCAUCAUCAGCUGUGCCAUCAUCCUGCUCAUUUCCAUGGUCUUCCUUUGCCUCCUGAAGUGUUUGAAGAGGACUAAGCAGCAGCACCUUGAUAGAGACCUUGGUGAGAGUACCAGAGAGCUGGCUGAUAUAGCCUGCAGCAUGGGCAAGGACCACUGGACCCCCAGCAGCCUUGCCUGCUCACCCUGGGCCCAGGUGAUGGUGCACACACUGAACCCAGGGAAGACCCUGCCUGCCACUAAAAUGCCCAGACAGGCCAUGGCCUAUGUCCCAGGAUGA